AUGGCAGCUACCAAUUUAAGAAGCCGACCGAAACUAAGAGAUGUGCCUACUAAUAUAGCAUGGCUUGACAAGAGAGGAAAGCCGUCGUCAAUGGUCCUUGAAAAUGCCAAGCCACCGGCAUAUCGUUGCACGCCACGCAUAUAUAUCACACGUCUUUGCCCGAGAAGCGGUACCACCAUUCAAGUCCUACGGUUCACAUUGAAAGUGUCGCAAGAAAGAGGCAUAACACACGACAUUUCGGCCAACAGUCGAAGUUUUCCAGCUACCCGGCGAGUUGCCGAUACUCACGUUUCUCUCUUGCAUGAUUAUACCGCAAAACAACGCCAAAAACCGAGUGCUGAAGAGGAAGAGGAGGAGCUAGAGGAAGAGCUAGAGGAUUUGGAAGUGGAAGCGGCUGCCGCUGCGCUACUGGUAGUCGCCGAUAAGUUUCCCACAUUAGUGUUCCCAUAA